UGAUUUCGCUCAGCAGACAGCGGUGUAUUCUCUGUGUUUGCAGUACUCAAGGAUGAAUUAUAAACAAACGUGUCGUGUCGUGUUCUAAAUGAAUUUUAAGAUGAAAAACUAACAUUAAUGGAUAAGGAGAAAUUGACAAGUGCUGCAGAUGUAAAUAAUACGUUGACUGUGCACCUUUCUAGGUUGUGAUUGUUUUUUUAUUUUACAAAAGGAUACUGCCUCUCCAAGUCACUGCCGUGUUGAUUGUUUUGUUAGCAAUAAAAUUUCUAACUUCAAGUGACAAGUGGUAUGUAGAUGUAUAUUACACAUUUUCACGCGUGACGAUAAUCUUUGCUACCUAUGUAUAAUUCACCUGCUACAAUACACCUGAUACAUCUUUGAAUGGACUAAACAACCGAGAAGCGUUAACUGAAGAGAUUAAAUGCAUUAUUUAUGUUUUGAAUUACUGAUCUACAAUAAUGGAAGAUUGAUAAGAUGGUUUAGAAUAAGGAGGUAUUGCGAAACACUUAAGUUAACUUAACAUUGACAGUAUUUAGCAGAGAUUUUGGGUGAAUAAGUAUUAUUAAAGAAUAGAGUAAGAACUCACGUCGUGGAACAAGCCACCAAUAGAAUCGAUACCGCUACGAAGAACAGGCGGUGGCGGUGCUGGAAAAAGAGUAGGAAAAAAGUAGAAAAAAAAGACUAAAAGUUUUCGAAAAUUUUCGAAAAUUUAUUGCAAUCGAACCUGAAGAAACUCACUGACAUGUUAGGUGGAACAAGACGUUUGAAUUGGUCCCUUCGUUUGUCGCUAGUUUUUAAUGUAUGUGUUAUUCUUUAUGUCUGCGUCUAUUACCGAACGACACCCGGACCCUGGGUGGACGAAACGCCAAGCAACUGGAGUCUCAAUCAGAUUCAGCCUUUAGCAUUUAUAGAUAAUAUAAACGUUUCCAAUUCGUCUUUGCCUUUCUCAACUAUUUCUUCUCGCGGCAAGGAGAAGCAUUCUGCAAAUCAUUUCAAGAAAGAUAUUUCGCAAGUUCAGAAGUCGGCGAACCAUUUUCCCGAAGAGAAGAAGAAGAAAAUACUCAAGACAAAUUUAGAAAACAAAUUAAAUGACAAUAACACGGAUCAUCAAAAUGAAACGAUUCGAGCCAAGACUCGUUCGUCAUCUUCACUUGAAGAGGCAAUACCUUGCCGAGAAAAGUCUAUGGAGCCCCGAAUAUCCCAAAGAGGCGACUACUGGGUUCUCUAUAAUUACGUGCCAAUGAAUAUGUUCGUGCACUGCUGGGAAAGCGUCACCUACUCGACGCACGCUGACUACACCUUCUUCGACAACUUGGAGCCUCUGCUCGAUCGGUGGAGAGCCCCAAUAUCUAUAGCUCUCCAUGCGCCUGGUACAGACUUUCAGCCAACCAUCGAUUCCAUCAAGUACGCUCGCAGUUGCGGAAGUCCUUUGGUCAGCCAGCUGGUCACCUUCCACAUAUACUUCAGCAGCAAGCAUAUGCCGAAAACGAUUCCUUCGAGAAAUAAGAUAAUAUCGGAACAAUACAAUUGUUCGUUGACGCCUCCAUGGGUCAAUGUCUCCGUUUCCAAACUAUAUAAAACUGAGAAGAGAUUACUUUAUCCCGUGAAUUUGGGUCGAAACGUUGCUCGAGAGUCAGCUGUAACGCAUUACGUACUCGCAAGUGACAUUGAACUUUAUCCUAGUCCGAAUCUACCAGAAAAGUUCUUGGAAAUGAUUCGAAGAAAAAAUCAACCUUCGCUUUCGAAACCAAAUCCUAAAGUUUUCGUACUUUCUAUUUUUGAAGUAACUAAAACAGCUCAACCGCCUACCAAUAAGACAAUACUGUUGCAAAUGUUAAAAUCAGGAAAAGCAAUACCAUUUCACAAAAAAGUGUGUCCUGGAUGCCACAACAUACCAAAAAGUAAAGAGUGGCAAGAAGCAGCAGAAACGGAAGGUUUAAAUAUAUUUCACGUGGGAAAGAGAGCAGGUACUUUCGUUCACUGGGAACCAAUUUUUAUAGGAACCAAUAAUGAUCCACUUUAUGAUGAGAGGCUUAGCUGGGAGGGCAGAAGUGAUAAAAUGCCACAGGGAUACGCCCUUUGUGUGUUAGAUUACGAUUUUCUAAUAUUGGACAACGCUUUUCUAGUUCACCGACCUGGAAUUAAAGUGUAUAAAAAAGACGCAAGACGAGAUAUGUUGACUGCCAAAACUAAUCAGUUGAUAAGAAAGAUUAUUGUGCCGGAACUGAAAGUUCUAUAUGGUACUCGGAACAAGUGUGCCAUUUGAAAAUUCAAGUGAUCCAUGACUCAACUAUUGAUAUUAACUAAGUGCCAAAGAAGAGUACUUUUAUAAUGGGCUUUGCAAUUUUACAGAUUUCUAUUUUUAUUAAUUCUUUUUAAUUUUGGCAAACUCCAACCAAAGUAUUCACCUUUGGUACUUCAGUAUUAAAUACAAGUGCGAAAGUAUACGUAAAUAUUUGGAUGACUUAAGGGAUAAGAUUUUUUACUUACAUGUCUGUACAUAGUAUAAUGUUCAAAGCAGGUUUCAAAUGUAGGGAGUUUAAAGCUAAUAAAUUUAUAUAUUAUAGUUUAA